UCUCACUGUGCGGUAACCCCCAAACAGACUGACCUAAUGGCAGCUCUCUGAAAAGCCCAGUCCGUGUCGUUUCUAUCAGGAUGGCUGUGGAUUCAUUAUCUCCUGACUGGGAGUUUGAUCGCUUUGAUGAUGGGUCACAAAAAAUUCACACAAAAGUGCAGGUUAAAAACUAUGAGAAGUUCUUAGAGGAAUAUACCGCUCAGCUCCAGGGUAUUGAAGAAGCACUGGACGACUCUGUGGGAGAUGUAUGGGACUUCACUCUGGACCCUAUCGCUUUGAAGCUCCUGCCGUAUGAACAGUCCUCACUGUUGGAGCUCAUCAAGACAGAUAAUAAGGUGCUUAAUAAAGUUAUCACAGUGUAUGCAGCUCUUUGCUGUGAAGUUAAAAAGCUGAAAUAUGAGGUAACAGCACAACUAUUUUCAAUAUUAAUUAUAAUAAUAAUAAAAAGAAGAAAUGUUUCUUAAGCAUCAAAUCAGCAUAUUAGAAUGAUUUCUGGAUCAUGUGACACUGAAGACUGGAGCAUUGUUUUAUUUGGUUGUAUGUUACAGGAGCUGUCCUGCUUUGUAUCGCGCUGCUUUGAAGUGGUGGUCAACAUAGUUCACCAGCUGGCUGCUUUGUACAUCAGCAACAAGAGUGCAACAAAAAUCAUUGAGUCCACAGGUGUACACUUUCAGACAGUGUACGAGCAUCUGGGAGAACUUCUGGUGGUCCUCAUCACCCUGGAUGAGAUCAUGGAGAACCAUGCCACACUGAAAGAUCACUGGAAGAUGUACAAAAGGUUACUGAAAUCUGUCCAUCAUAACCCAGCUAAGUUUGCCAUUUCAGAGGAGAAACUAAAACCCUUUGAGAAGCUUUUACUGAAGCUAGAGGGUCAACUGUUGGACAGCAUGAUUUUUCAGGCUUGUGUGGAGCAGCGGUUUGAUGACCCAGGAGAAGGUGUAUCGGUUUCUAAAAACAGUGCCUUUGCAGAGGAAUUUGCAUACAAUAUCAGAACCAUUUUUGCCAACGUUGAGUCAAAGCUUGGAGAGCCGUCAGAGAUUGAUCAGCGAGAUAAAUAUACAGGCGUAUGUGGCCUCUUUGUGCUGCACUUCCAUAUAUUCAGGACCGUGGACAAGAAGAUCUACAAAUCCCUGCUGGAUGUGUGUAAAAAGGUCCCUGCUGUGACAUUAGCAGCUAAUAUAAUCUGGUUUCCAGACACAUUUCUGAUAAGCAAAGUCCCUGCGGCAGCUAAACUGAUGGACAAGAAGAGCAUCCAGAGCAUCCGCAGCAGCAGAGAUGCAUUCCUGCAGCAAAAGGCACAGACACUUAUGAAGGACAUGCAGUCCUACUAUAUAUUUGCCACCUCCUGGAUGAUGAAGAUGGAGUCUAUAUUAUCAAAAGAACCGAAACCAGACAAACUGUCUGAGGAUUUGAGCAACAGGUGUAAUAUCUUUGUGCAGGGAAUCCUGUAUGCUUACAGCAUCAGCACCAUCAUCAAGACUACUAUGAACAUGUACAUGUCCACGCAGCGGCCCAUGACCAAGACCUCGGUGAAAGCCCUGUGCCGACUGGUGGAGCUGUUAAAACCUUACAGUGAGCAGAGGCUGGAUGUGCUGUCGGCUCUGGUUCUGGCUGAGAACACUCUGAACGGGCCCAGCACCAAAGAGAGGAGACUGAUCGUGUCUCUGGCUCUCAGUGUUGGCACUCAAAUGAAAACCUUCAAGGACGAGGAGCUCUUGCCUUUACAGCUUGUGCUGAAAAAGCUAGACUUAAUCAGUGAAUUAAGAGAACGAGUCAAAGUGCAAUGCGACUGCAGUUUCCUGUACUGGCAUCGUACAGUUUUUCCUAUCUACCUGGAUGACGUGUACGAAAACGCUGUGGAUGCGGCCAGAAUUCAUUACAUGUUCAGUGCGCUCAGAGACUGUGUGCCCACCAUGUUGCACGCCAAACACAUGGAGUCAUGUGAUCAGCUGCUGAAGUGUUAUGACACUGCGAUCAUGGAAAUCCUCAAUGAGCACCUGCUAGACAAGCUGUGUAAGGAGAUCGAGAAGGACCUGCGCUUGUCUGUGCACACACACCUCAAACUGGACGAUCGAAACCCUUUCAAAGUGGGCAUGAAGGAUCUGGCUCAUUUUUUCUCUCUCAAGCCCAUUCGCUUCUUCAACCGUUUCAUUGACAUCAGAGCCUAUGUGACUCACUAUCUAGACAAGACGUUUUACAACUUGACGACUGUGGCUCUUCAUGACUGGGCCACGUACAGCGAGAUGAGGAACCUCGCCACACAGCGCUAUGGUUUGGUGAUGACUGAGGCGCAUCUCCCCAGCCAAACUCUGGAACAGGGCCUGGACGUCCUGGAGAUCAUGAGGAACAUUCACGUUUUUGUCUCGCGCUACCUUUACAACCUAAACAACCAGAUCUUCAUUGAGAGAACCAGCAACAACAAGCACUUAAACACCAUUAACAUCCGCCACAUUGCCAACUCCAUUCGCACUCAUGGAACCGGUAUCAUGAGCACAACGGUGAACUUCACGUAUCAGUUCCUCCGCAAGAAGUUCUACAUUUUCAGUCAGUUCAUGUAUGACGAGCACAUCAAAUCCAGACUCAUCAAAGACAUCCGCUUCUUCAGGGAAACCAAGGAUCAGACGGACCAAAAGUACCCCUUUGAGCGAGCAGAGAAGUUCAACCGUGGCAUCAGGAAGUUGGGUCUUACUCCGGAUGCUCAGAGCUACCUGGAUCAGUUCAGACAGCUCAUCAGUCAGAUCGGCAAUGCGAUGGGUUAUGUGCGCAUGAUUCGGUCCGGAGGGCUGCACUGCUGCAGCAGCGCUAUCAGGUUUGUUCCUGAUCUAGAGGACAUCGUUAACUUUGAGGAGCUUGUUAAAGAGGAAGGCCUUUCUGAAGAGACGCAGAAAGCCGCCAGCCAACUGGACUGUGUACUUAGUGACCUGACCAGUAACUCGGCUGAAGGAACUGAGUACUUCAAGAUGCUGGUGGGGGUUUUCGCGCCGGAGUUUCGCAGCGUUAAGAACAUGCACUUGAGGAACUUCUACAUGAUAGUUCCUCCUCUGACAGUAAAUUUCGUGGAACAUUCCAUCAGCUGCAAAGAAAAACUAAACAAGAAGAACAAAGUGGGAGCUGCGUUUACAGACGGUUUCGCCAUGGGAGUCGCCUACAUCCUGAAGCUUCUGGACCAGUAUCAGGAGUUUGACUCCCUCCACUGGUUCCAGGCUGUGAGGGAAAAGUAUGUGAAGGAAAUGAAUGCGGUGGUGAAGGAGCAGAACGUUCAGUCCACCAGCCAAGACGAGAAGCUCAUGCAGACCAUGAACCUGACGCAGAAGAGACUGGACGUAUAUCUGCAGGAGUUUGAGCUGCUCUAUUUCUCUCUGAGAAGCGCUCGGAUCUUCUUCAGAGCUGAUAAAACGGCAGCCGAGGAGACCCAGGAGAAGAAAGACAGAGAGGAAGUUGCCAAAACUGGUCCAGGUUCCUCAACGAUCGAGGGCUCUCCUGGGGAAAGCAGGGCCAAGUGAAACUACAAAGGAUCUUGAACGAUAUAAAUCACUUGAACAGCAUGGACUCACUCCAGAUGAGGUUAUAAACAUUGACCCUCCAGCCACUGUACUUCUGUUGGGAGUCUGUACAGCUGCUCAAACUCAUUUUGGCGCUUCGCCACCUGCACUCUUUCGACUGGAAAUGACUGGAUUUGGACCAACACUUCGGUUUUAGAUCAUGAUUGUUUUAUGUAUCGACAACGAUGUUCAACUGUUUUGUCAAGCAUUAUGCGCUCAUGUAAAUUCAACAAGUGUGAUUGGUAGAUGGUGUCUGUAUUUUUUUUUCUUAAAGGGUUAGUUCACCCAAAAAUUAAAAUUCUG